AUGCUGUGCGAAGUUAGCCGGUGCGUGGACUGGGUACUCGUGGGAGGUUGCUGGACCCGCGUUUCUGUCAUGGGUACGGAUCCCUCGAGGGAAACUCUUCGUGAGAUCAGAAACAACAUCGGUAAUCGUGUGGUCAUUUUGAUGAUACCUGGGAAUCCUGGUAAUGAUGGAUUCUAUGCUGAUUUCGGCCAAAAGCUCUUGAGGUGUCUGUUAUUGAGAGAUGAACGUGUGGGUUGUCCUAAACGUCACUAUCUGUUCUAUACGGUGUCCCAUCUCAAUCAUGUAGUUUUACCGGACGAAUUGAGGAGUUCUGGGAAGCACAGUCACUGUGACCGCUUUAAACUCGACGAUCAAGUGCAACACAAACUCCACUUCGUACGGGAACAUUUGCCGAGGGCUCAAAAGGUGUACGUUCUCGGACACAGCAUAGGUGCAUACAUGAUGCUUAGGUUACUUCCCUUUAUAAAGGACGAGUUCAACUUGAAGAAGGCUAUAGGACUGUUUCCCACUGUUGAGAAAAUGGCUGAAUCUCCGAAUGGCGUGCGCCUUAAACGAGCCCUUGCAACUUUGGACACAAAUGAUUGGCUUGCGAAAGCGGUGUCGUUUUGGUUGGAUUGCGUGCCUGCAAAAGUGAAGAGAUGGCUGGUUUCGUGGAAUCUUAGUGGUGACUCAGUCUCUAACGAUGUGAUCGUCUCAGCAGCAGAACUCCUUAAUAUGAACGUCUUUCGAAAUAUUAUUCACUUAUCGCAUGAUGAAUUGAAUAAGCUGCUUUUAAUUCAUGAAAUUUUUUGGGUAACUGAUUUCGACAGCUCACUGAUUGUGUGCAAGGAGCUGCUUUACUUCUUUUACGGAAGAGCAGACGGAUGGUGCCCUGAAGAGUUUGGGUACCACAUGAAGGAACGUUUACCACAUGGCCAUGUUGUGUUGGAUGAAGACGGGUGUGAACACGCUUUUGUGAUUCGGGAUGGUGCCACCAUUGCUGAGAAGCUCUUACAGUUCAUCAUAUGA